UUGACAUCCAACAACAACACCAUCAUCAUACCCGCUCAGAGCUGCUCGAUUGUUCGUUCGCGACGCACAGCCGGCACAGAUACCGACCGAUAGCGACGACACGGCCCAGCCCACACCGCCGCCAAAAGCCCGACAGCAGCCUGACGCGAGGUCCCAACUCUUCUCCUUCCCUUCUCCUUCCUUUGACACACCUUCAUCAUGUCGCGUCCUGCUCAGCCUGAACUCAAGAAGUUCAUGGACCGCCGCCUGUUCAUCCACAUCCAGGGCGGCCGUCAGGUCUCGGGCAUCCUGCGCGGCUUCGACAUGUUCCUCAACCUUGUCGUCGACCAGGCGUACGAGGAGCUCGGUGCCGGACAGCGCAAGCCCGCCGGCAUGGUCGUCAUCCGCGGCAACUCGGUGACGUCGAUGGAGCUGCUCGACAGCAUGCGGCAAUGAGCGAAAUGUAGACACGACAUCAUCAUCAUUCUGUACUGUAGGCUCGAGGGGCGCGCGCACCCCAUUAGUAGUAUCCUUGUAGCAUCUGCUCGGCGUGGCGCGUGUGCACGCUAUGCAUUUGUCCCAGUGACUAAAUA